AUGUGGAAGUGCCGUCCUCCUGCUUCCGCGUCCCUGUGUUGUCUCUGUCGUCUCACCCUCUUCCUUCCUACCCCCAGCCGGCUCAGUUCGGGGAAGCUGCAGGAGUUCGGCGUGGGGGAUGGUAGCAAGCUGACGCUGGUACCCACCGUGGAAGCGGGCCUCAUGUCCCAGGCCUCAAGGCCGGAGCAGUCUGUCAUGCAAGCCCUUGAGAGUUUGACGGAGACUCAGGUCAGUGACUUCUUGUCUGGCCGAUCACCGUUGACCCUGGCUCUUCGAGUGGGAGAUCACAUGAUGUUCGUCCAACUGCAGCUGGCUGCCCAGCAUGCCCCACUACAACACCGCCAUGUGCUAGCAGCUGCAGCCGCCGCCGCAGCGGCUGCUCGGGGUGACCCCAACAUGACCACCCCUGUAUCCUCUCCCUGCCGGCCAGUAUCCAGCACUGCCCGAGUCCCACCGGUACCCACCAGCCCUUCCCCUGCCUCUCCUUCACCAGUCACAGCUGGGUCCUUCCGAUCCCAUGCCGCCUCUACCACCUGCCCUGAGCAGCAGAUGGAUUGCUCCCCGCCAGCCAGCAACAGUGUCAGCCCCGGAGCCAGCACCACAGCCCCCGCAGGGAGCAGCCCUACCCCUCGCUCCCGCAAACCUGGCGCAGUCAUUGAAAGCUUUGUGAACCACGCUCCUGGGGUCUUCUCAGGGACCUUCUCUGGCACGCUGCACCCCAACUGCCAGGACAGCAGUGGGAGGCCCCGGCGUGACAUUGGCACGAUACUACAGAUCCUCAAUGACCUCCUGAGUGCCACACGGCACUACCAGGGCAUGCCCCCCUCGCUGACCCAGCUUCGUUGCCAUGCCCAGUGCUCACCCGCCUCACCAGCCCCUGACCUCACCCCCAAAACUACCUCCUGUGAGAAGCUGGCGGCCACGUCCCCCUCCUCUCUGCUGCAGGGCCAGAGCCAGAUCCGCAUGUGCAAGCCCCCGGGUGAUCGUCUUCGGCAGACUGAGAACCGCGCCACGCGCUGCAAGGUAGAACGUCUUCAGCUCCUGCUGCAGCAGAAACGCAUGCGCAGAAAGGCGCGGCGGGACGCCCGGGGCCCCUACCACUGGCCCCCCAGCCGCAAGGCCGGCCGCAGCGACAGCAGCAGCAGUGGAGGAGGCAGCAGCCCAAGCGAGGCUGCUGGCUUGGGCCUUGACUUCGAGGACUCCGUUUGGAAGCCGGAAGUCAACCCCGACAUCCAAUCUGAAUUCGUGGUGGCUUAGGAUCUGGCACUCCCUGCUCCUCAGCACACCCUCAGCCCAGGGCAGGUAGCCCUGGGGAUGCCGAGUGUGCAUGUAUAGUGGCCCAGCUCUGGAGGGCAGGUAGUCACCUCCCUCCCCACCCACCACCAGCCUUUGAUUUUUUUUUUUUUCUUUAAAAAAUUCUCACCCUGGUUGUACCUCCUGCGUUCUCCUCACAUGCCCACCUCUUCCUCCUUCACCGGCUCUGAAGGCCUCUGCGCUGGGUCCUUCCUCCCACCUUCCCCAGCUCCAAAUAUGUAGCAGUCUUUCCAGAUGGCUGAGAGCAGAGGAGACCAGGAAGCCGCCCCCACCCCCUUCCGCUCUGCCUUCCUCCGCCUUCCACCCCCCCCUCCCCACACACACACCCGAUUCAGGUUUUAAGUCAAAAAUGUAGACGCCUCAUUAUGCACUUUACAGAUGAUGGGAGGGAGCAGGGAGAAGAGAAUCCACGCUCACCCCCCUCUUGUAAACCUUGGCCUCCACCCCGGGCCAGCAGCACCCACUGGGCCACAAGCAAGGAGAAACCCACAUCACCAGGGAGGGAUGCCCGCAGGGGACUGUUUUCCACAUCUGUCCAUUUUUCUUUUUUUUCCAUGUGAAGCUGUUUUCAGCAGAACCCAACCCCUUCUGUCUUGGGUCAGGUGGGGACAGGAGACCCUUUUCUGCCAGGAAAGGAAACUGCUAAGAACAGCCCUCACCCACCCUCUGUGGCCACCCUGCCAUGACUCUGCUGUUUCUCCCUCAUCCUUCUGCCCGCCAUUCCCUAUUUCCCCUGACCUCCCUCCGCCUGAGCUUGGAGACUAUUUAUAGAUUAUUAAUUUUCUGACUGAGCCAAUAGUGGUUGGGAAUCUCUUGAAACUGGGAGAGAAGUGAUUGGGGGAACACCCCCACUUCCUCUUCCUGGCCCAACCUGAGGGAUGGGGGACUGUCUGGGGGCCUCAGCCUGCAGCCAGGAUGGGGAAGGGGGUGCUGAGCUGUGAAUGCCCAGAGUUAGGGCACCGCUGUGUAGCAUUAACCCCCCCUCCCCAUGGGGGUCUGCUGCUUGUCUAAUUUGGACCCUCCCCAUUGCUCGUGCUCUGAGGGCCCAGGCCCUCCCAGAACGGGGAGAGAGUCCCCUCUACUGGGGCCAUUUCAAUAGGGGUGGGAAUUGUUUCGUUCCUUCCCCAUUUUUUUUUUUUUUAACGAUAAUGGGAUGUCUGGGCCCUGCCCACCCUGCCUGUCUUGUUCUGGCCCCACCUGUCUCCCCCCUCCCCCCCCUUGUUCUUGUAGUUGAGCCCCAGAUCCUCUCCCAUUACGUGUUAAAAGUUAAUGGUUUCAGAUGUGAACAUCAUGUGUUAACUGUAGCUGUAAAAUUUUUUGUGGGGGGGUGGGUAGGGAGGGGUCCUGGAGGGUUAGAGGUCAAGGAUUUGGUUUUUAUUUUUUGUUUUUUUUUUCCAAAAAAUGAAAAAAAAAGGAAAAAAAAAAAGAAAAAGGGGUGCAUUUGUUUUUUGAAAAACUGUCUUGGAUACCUAUUUAAAUGUGUGUUGUUUUGUUUUUUAACGAUUUUUAAAUAACGUCUGUGCCUCCAUGGGUAUGAGGAUGGAGGCCCCAGACAGGAACCGGCCCGCAGCCCUCUGCCCUCUCAGGGCCUCCCUCCCCCUCCCCAAACAAAGCAUUACCCGCCCUCGGGGUCGGGCUGUGGGGGUCCUGGCACAGCGCCAGUCUCCUGUAUGGAACAUAAAAUUUAAAAAAAAAAAAAACACCUUACACAAGCACCGUGAUUUCAAGUAAUAAACAGAAAAUGAA